AUGGGUCUCUCAAUAGGAAAUAGGAUCCUCCGAAAAAUUGUCAAAAAUGAGGCCAUGGCACAAGAUCCCCCAGAGAUCUAUGGCUGGCGUGUCUAUCUCCUAGCCUGUUCUGCUUGCUUCGGUGCCAUGUCCUUCGGCUGGGAUUCCUCCGUCAUCGGCGGCGUCAUCGAGCUCGAACCCUUCAAACACGACUUUGGCUUCAUCGGCAACGAUAAAGCGAAGGCCAACCUGGGCGCCAACAUCGUCUCCACCCUCCAAGCCGGCUGCUUUCUUGGUGCGCUGAUCGCCUCACCUAUAACCGACCGCUUCGGCCGCAAGUGGUGUCUCAUCGCCGUCUCCCUGGUCGUCGUCAUCGGUAUCAUCAUGCAAUCCGCCGCCUCAGGCAACCUCGCACCCAUGUACGUGGGCCGUUUCGUCGCCGGCGUGGGCGUCGGCGCCGCCAGCUGCAUCAACCCGGUCUUCGUAUCCGAGAACGCUCCGCGCUCGAUCCGCGGCCUGUUGACCGGUCUCUACCAGCUCUUCAUCGUCACCGGCGGCAUGAUCGCCUUCUGGAUCAACUACUCCGUCUCCCUGCACUUCAAGGGCAAAUCCAUGUACAUUUUCCCGCUCGCCAUCCAAGGUCUUCCCGCCGUCCUGCUCUGCGUCUGCAUGCUCCUCUGCCACGAGUCCCCUCGCUGGCUGGCCCGCCGGGACCGGUGGGAAGAAUGCAAGUCUGUGCUGGCGCGCAUCCGCAACCUCUCCCCGGACCACCCGUACAUCGUCGACGAGUUCCGCGAGAUCCAGGACCAGCUCGAGCAGGAGCGCCGUCUCCAGGGCGAUGCUACCUACUGGGAUUUGACAAGGGACAUGUGGACCGUCGCCGGCAACCGCAAGCGCGCCCUUAUUAGCAUUUUCUUGAUGGUCUGCCAGCAGAUGACGGGCACUAACGCCAUCAACACGUACGCGCCUACCAUCUUCAAGAACUUGGGCAUCACCGGCACGUCGACUAGCUUGUUCAGUACCGGUAUCUAUGGUAUUGUCAAGGUCACUAGCUGCGUCAUCUUCUUGCUGUUCCUCGCCGACUCGCUUGGUCGCCGGCGCUCGCUGUUGUGGACUUCGAUUGCCCAGGGUCUCGCCAUGUUGUAUAUCGGCCUCUAUGUUCGCAUCUCGCCGCCGAUUGAGGGCCAGUCGGUGCCGCCGGCGGGUUAUGUGGCGUUGGUGUGCAUCUUUUUGUUUGCUGCUUUCUUCCAAUUCGGCUGGGGCCCAGCCUGCUGGAUCUACGCCUCGGAAAUCCCCGCCGCCCGCCUGCGCUCGCUCAACGUGUCCUACGCCGCCGCCACCCAGUGGCUGUUCAACUUCGUCGUCGCCCGCGCCGUGCCCACCAUGCUGGUCACCGUGGGAGCCCACGGUUACGGCACCUACCUCAUCUUCAGCAGCUUUUGCUUCAGCAUGUUUGUCUUUGUCUGGUUCUUCGUGCCCGAGACAAAGGGUAUCUCGCUCGAGCAUAUGGAUGAGCUGUUUGGCGUUACUGAUGGGCCUGCCGCUGAGAAGUCGUCGUCCUGGUACAGUGCUGAUAGCGUAGUAACUCCCAAAAGAUAUGUUGGCUCCGACGCUUACAACGGAACAUUAUGA